UGUUUUUGAAUUGUUUCUUAUACAAACGAAUUAAGUAUUUAAUUUUUAUACAGUGUCAGGGUGUGGCAAAUUGGUUUUAAAUAAGUAAUACUUGUUUAAAUUUAGGGGGCGUGCUUCUUUCUUCUGUCAUAAUUUAGUUCGGCGGUCUGGAUGGGGGUGGUCUAGAAUGUAAUACUAUGUUGCGAUUGGCUGAUAGGAGAAGCCCAGCCUCUGCUGAGCUCUAUUAAAGCGCUUUACUGCGAGUAUUGGAUUAAUGGAGGAUUGUUAAUUGGAGAAGAGGAAAUUGCCUUGCAUCGUUUCGCCUAGGCUAAUUUAUUUAAAUAAGGCGUACUUUAUUAACGGACGGCGUUUAUUUUGCAUUGUUUUUUUAAUAUACAUUCAUUACUCACGAGUAGUGUACGUUAUACAUCUGAUUGCAUUUCUUUGAUUAACGAAGUCGCAGUUGGAGAUUCACAGGAAGAGGCCUGAGAGCGCGCGCGCGCCCAACCCGCCCGGCGAACACGGAAUCCACGCGGCCGCGGGAAGACAGCGUGACCAGCUAUUAGUUAUCCUCUUCGGACUGGUUUUGACAGUCGGAAAUUUUUCGGAGUAAUUGGAUGAAGUACAUUUCAUCUCCAGUGUGUGCUGCACAAUGGAUAUCUUCAUCUGCCUAAAGCCCAAGAGCCAAACGAACACUGAAAAAACUAGUAUACGCAGUGGAUAGCAGUGAGCCCCCUCUCCUUUCCCCCCAUGUGUAUUUAAAUUGCCAUUCAAUUUUAAAUACAUAUCUCUUUGAAAGUUUACAUAUUUAAUUUUUUAUAUAGAAAACAAAAUAUUUAUUUUGAAUCCCAACUUCAUACCUCAUUUUUCUUUAUUUUUAUAGCUUAUUUUUUUAAAAGUUAAAUUAAUAGUGAUCCACUAAGAUUGUGAAAAUGGAAAGUACUACAGCAUUUGUCAGUGUAGUGACCAGUUCUUUUGCAGCUGUUGCUGAGGGAUCCCUCUCGAGUUAUCUUUGGCUGAUAGUUGUUGGUUUCAUCAUUGCUUUCGUCCUCGCUUUUUCUGUUGGGGCUAAUGAUGUUGCAAAUUCAUUUGGCACUGCGGUGGGCUCUGGAGUGGUAACUCUGCGACAGGCUUGCAUUUUGGCAACAAUUUUUGAAACCCUCGGCUCUGUGAUGCUGGGCGCUAAAGUGAGUGAAACAAUCCGGAAAGGCAUUAUUGAUGUUACCAUGUACAACGAAACUCAACACAUUCUCAUGGCUGGCUCUGUCAGUGCUAUGUUUGGUUCAGCAGUUUGGCAGCUUAUGGCUUCUUUCUUGAAGCUUCCCAUUUCUGGAACCCAUUGCAUUGUAGGAGCAACUAUUGGUUUCUCAUUAGUGGCCAAAGGACAGCAGGGUGUGAAAUGGCUGGAGCUACUUAAAAUUGUUGGCUCUUGGUUUAUUUCUCCACUUCUGUCUGGAAUAAUGUCUGCUGUUCUGUUUUUCUUUGUUCAAAGGUUUAUUUUACGUAAGGCUGAUCCCAUUCCCAAUGGUCUUAGAGCUCUUCCUGUCUUCUAUGCCUGCACUAUUGGUGUGAAUCUGUUUUCCAUCAUGUAUACUGGUGCCCCAUUGUUGGGUUAUGAAAAGAAUCCUUUGUGGGGCAUUGUGCUGAUCACUGUAGCUUGUUCCUUUAUUACUGGCCUUAUCGUCUGGUUUAUUGUCUGCCCUCGACUGAAAAGGAAAAUUGACCGAGAGAUGAAAUCCAGUCCUUCUGAAAGUCCUCUAAUGGAGAAAAAGAAUGCUAUGCAUUGUCCAAUAUUGAAAGAGGUUAAGGAGCCUCUUGCCAACUGUGUGUCUGCUGAAACUAAGCUCCCAAUACCAGAUAGCCAAAGUCCUAUUAAUCACUCAAAACAAGCAUCUGAAGAGCGUUCUGUUACUUUUAAUAUUGGACAUCUGGAUUCUGAUGAGAAGGAUACCAACCAGUGUAUUGAUGAGAAAGGUGCCAAUCUUGAUUCUGUGGGUAAUGGGACCAUGAACAGUGGACAUGUGCAAUUUAGUAAUGUCACCAGCCACAUUCCUAGCAAUGGCUACAGUCAGUAUCACACUGUGCACAAAGAUUCUGGCCUUUACAAAGAUCUGUUACAUAAACUUCACUUGGCAAAAGUGGGAGAUUGUAUGGGAGAGUCUGGCGAUCGACCCAUGAGGCGAAACAACAGCUACACUUCAUAUACUAUGGCCAUCUGUGGCAUGCCUCUGGAUCACUUUAAAUCUAAGGAGUGUGACGGAAAGGCAAGUGCUGGUGAAGAAGGAGAAAAGGACAAGGCAGGGUUUCAUGGUUCAGAUCACAGUAAGAAGAGAGUUCGCAUGGACAGUUAUACCAGCUACUGCAAUGCAGUUGCAGAGUCAAAUAUAACUCCAGAGCUCCAUGAAAAUGAAGUGACCGUGGAAAUGGGCAUGGGUGAUCGGAAAAGUAGUGAUGGGUCCAUUGAAGAUUGCUGUGAGAAGGACAAACCUGAAGUGUCGCUGCUCUUCCAGUUUCUUCAGAUUCUAACCGCUUGCUUUGGAUCCUUUGCGCAUGGUGGCAACGAUGUUAGCAAUGCUAUUGGCCCAUUGGUUGCUUUGUGGUUGAUCUAUGAAACUGGAAUGGUUGCUUCUAAAGCCCCCACUCCUAUCUGGCUGCUACUUUAUGGUGGUGUGGGUAUCUGUGCUGGCCUCUGGGUUUGGGGGAGAAGAGUAAUCCAAACCAUGGGAAAAGACCUUACACCAAUCACUCCUUCCAGUGGUUUCAGUAUUGAACUGGCAUCUGCUUUGACAGUAGUAAUUGCAUCAAACAUUGGUCUUCCUAUCAGCACAACUCACUGUAAGGUUGGCUCUGUGGUGUCUGUUGGCUGGCUACGUUCCAGGAAAGCUGUCGAUUGGCGCUUGUUUCGCAAUAUUUUCAUGGCAUGGUUUGUCACUGUACCCAUUUCUGGGUUGAUCAGUGCAGCAAUCAUGGCUCUAUUUAAGUAUGCUAUUUUCAUGACAUGAAUGUUGCCAAGUUGAUCUCCUCUGUAACAUCUCUAGCUUUGUACCCAUGGGAGUUGUAAAGUGGACAGGAGAACAUCCAAGGUGGUUAUUUUGUCUGCUAGCAUCUUCCUUGGGUUUUGCCAGUUUAGAGUCUUUGCAUUGUCAUCAAGGUUCUUAUGUAAUUUCUGUAUGAAUAAUGUCACUUAAACUCUGUAAUUAUGUAAAUAGUGCGCGUGUGUGUGGGUUCUCCCCAUCUCUAAAAUUUUUUUGUCAUGCUUAUGGAAGGUAUGUAGUAAUACCAGAGUAUUGCCAGUCAUCUUCAUUGUAGCUAAGGGACUGGUCCAGACAGUAUGCCUUAAUAUGUUCAUAGAAGAAGAUGGGCUGUGUGGGCUCAUUAGUCACAAGGUAGAACUGUGUAACUUUUCAGUUGCAUUUUUACUAUCAGUUUGUAACCUUGUUUAGAAGAAAGCUUUACCUAGUAAUUUUUUUUUUCUUAAACACACAAAUGCUCUGAAAAUCCAAAGGGUGGAUAUGUACUUGUGUAAUCUGUGUGAAGACUUUUUUUUUUUUUUUUUUCCUCUCUCUCUCUCUGUUGGACCAAUUAAAAUCCCUGUAUUCUCGUGAAA